UCAAUGAAGCCGCCAGUCAGGGACAGAGACGCGGCUGCAAAAGCGGAGUUUGGACCAAAAUACCGAGGUUUCCGACACCGGGACGGUCGAUUAUAAGGAUAUGUACUCAACAACUAUGCACAGAAUUCUAUAGUGGAUUAAGGAGAGUACUUUUGUGAGCCGGUUUUCGACUUGUACGUGGAGUUUGGAUGUAUCUCGUGAGAUUUUCUUUCCUUUUUUUGUCUUUACUUAACGUAAAACAGCCCUCCCCCCUGUUGAGCUGAGGAUGAUUUUUGCCAAUACUGGAAACCCAUUAAGAGCCCCAUACCGCAAACAGCCACCUGUUGCUCCAUUGUCGCACCCCAUGGCUCCACCCAGUCCCAGCACCAACAACAGCAGCAACAGUAGCAGUGGAGGCUGGGAGCAACUCAGCAAAACAAACCUCUACAUCCGAGGCCUGGCCCCUUCAACCACAGAUCAUGACCUGGUCAAGCUCUGCCAGCCGUAUGGGAAAAUAGUAUCAACAAAGGCGAUCCUGGACAAGACUACAAAUAAGUGCAAAGGAUACGGCUUUGUGGACUUUGACAGUCCUGCUGCAGCUCAGAAGGCUGUCGCUGCCCUGAAGACGGCUGGAGUCCAAGCUCAGAUGGCGAAGCAACAAGAACAAGAUCCCACAAACUUGUACAUCUCCAACUUGCCUUUGUCCAUGGAUGAGCAGGAGCUGGAGAACAUGUUGAAGCAGUUUGGCCAAGUUAUAUCCACGCGCAUCCUGAGGGACUCCAGUGGGGUCAGCAGAGGAGUGGGCUUUGCACGGAUGGAGUCAACUGAAAAAUGUGACGCAGUCAUUUCUCACUUCAAUGGAAAGUUCAUUAAAACAUCUGCAGGUGUUCCAGUGCCGUCUGAACCCCUCUUGUGCAAGUUUGCUGAUGGUGGGCAGAAAAAGAGACAAAGUCAAAAUAAAUUUGGCCAGAACGGCCGCCCCUGGACGAGAGACUGCGACUCCAGGCUGGCUGGAAUGACACUCACAUACGAUCCCAGUACAGCCGCUAUGCAAAAUGGAUUUUUUCCACCGCCAUACAGUAUUUCAAGCAGGAUGAUGGCUCAAACACCCAUGUCCCAUUACAUGUCUCCACUUUCAACCUAUCAGGUGCAGAACCCUUCCUGGGUGCCUCAUCAGCCCUACAUCUUGUCGCACCCAGGUGCAGUGAUGUCGCCCUCUAUGGACCCAUCUGUGUCACUGCAGCCUUCCUCCAUGAUGGCUCCUCUCGCUCAGCAGAUGAGCCACCUCUCUCUAGGUGGUGCAGGAACGUACAUGGCUGCCAACGCAGCUAUACAAGGAGCAUAUAUCCCACAGUACGCACACAUGCAGACGACGCCUGUUCCCGUGGAGGAAAGCGGAGCACCGUCACAAGUGGACUCUUCUGGCAGUCAUUCUCCUUACUCCUACCAACAAAACAAGUAGCUCCGAGGUAACGUUUGGACAGACGCUGAAAACAAUCUUGUCUGCGAAUCCGGUGGACGCUAAGGAACUUUCUGUAUUUUGCGCAGGUUUUGCAAAAGUUUGAGUGAGAUUAUUUUGGCAUCAUUUUCAGAGUUUAUCUGAAUUCAUCAAAUGAUUCAUACUUAUUUAAAAAAAAAUAAAAAGUUUUAUUUUCUUACUAGAAAAUGUUUAUUUUUUACUAGAUUUUGCCACAGAAUACAAGAAUCAUGUGACUAGUGUGCAAAGUUCAUGGUAGUAAAUAUGUCCCCCUUUUUCUCUUUUCUUAAUUUUUUUUUCUUUUUUUUUUGGGCCAUAAACUUUAAAAAUGUGUUGUGCUUGCUGUGUUAGUUUUGCUAUGUGUUGUAGUUUUUCCUGUAAAGGGAUUUUAUUUUGUAAUUCGGAAUAAUCUUGCUGCCUGAUUAAAAUUUGCCUUAAUAAUUUUUGAUAGUCAUCAAAAAAUAAAUAAAUAAACAAAAACAUGCCCUUCCCUACCAAAACUAGUUAAGUAGAAAUUUUAGAACAAAUGUUUUGAUUGAAAUGCCUCCACAUCUGGCUAUUUUAUUGAAAUGAAUAUUUAUUAAGAAGCACUGCAUUUUGAGGAUGUUGGAAUUUGUUAAAAAAAAUAAUACUGGAAGGUCACAUUUUUGUCUCACCAUUUUUUUUUAUAUGUGUAAAGUUUCAUAAAUGAAGCUUGCUGGGAUGGGGGAAUAAGACAUAGACACAUUCAUUUUGGUUUGUCGGUUGUGCUUCUGCUACUUUUUGGGUGAUGUUAAUUGUUGUUCCGAUGGGAUACGUAUCCACUAACAGGAACACAUGGACGCAGGAUUGUAAGCAAAAAAAAAACAAAAAAAAACAAUGACAGCUUUCUCCUAGAACAUAGGUAAAACAUCGGCGAGGUGAGACAUGACAUUAGGUGAACGUGUGCGUUUUUGGUGCGCCUUACUCUUUUUGUUUGGAGACAACAAACAAACUCGGCACUUUCGAUCGUGAUUUUACUUCACCAAAGACUGUGAGAUGGUAAACCGAAGAAAAAAAACGACAUCCAUUCGUCUUUUUUUACCGGGUUCAAAAGCGACCAGAGGAACUAGAUUACAGUUUGGACAGUGUGCCUUCUUUUGUACAUUUACAAGUGCCGCACAGGACUUUCAUGAUAACAGGGAAACGCCACGGUGUGGUUGAGAUCCACUAAAAACGCAGAAAUAACUGCCAGUAGACAGAACAAACCUAAUAAUAGUGUGUAAAAUGGAUUAGAUUUAGGAACUAGUGGAUUCAGUCAAGCGUUUUGAUUGAGGUGUCCUCCUGUGAGCCUGUGAUUCGACCUGGUUGUACGUCACACCAGUUAUCUACCUCAGAGUUGUCUGUGUCCUCUGUAUUAGGUCGGGUUAGCAGGUCCAGCCCGCCCUUCCAGACCAAAACGCCAACACUCAGGAGCUGGCCCGCAUCAGCUGUUUCCUUUCACAUUGUUUUGAAUACUGUUCACUCUUCCUCAAACUUAUUUUUGUACUGAUGCGUAGUUUUAAAAACAAAAAGGGGAGGCGGCGACGUGUUUCUACUCGUGUUUCCAGGCUUCUCCUCUUCCUUGCAGCAGAUUCCAGAAGCUGAUGGAAAACAUCUCAACAUCAGCAAACGUGUUUAUUGCAAGAAAAAUAGCAUUAUUAUUAUUAUUUUAUUUUCCCUCUGUAGUUAGAUAGAAUGUGCGACAAAAGUAAAGGGCCACUAUGAUUAUACUUGAGAUUUCUGUGUAAAGACUGACGAGUAAUACUGUCGUUGUGAGGUUUAUGCUGCUAGUGGCGUCUGAACCAAGUGCCAUAGUAUCUGGGUCAAGAUUUAAAGAGGUGCAUAAAUGAAAAACUGCUCAUAUAAGCAGCCACCCUAUUGAACAGUCAUUAAGUUAUAUGAUUCACUUCUAACUUAUGAAGAUGUUUGUACAAACAUGCUUGAGGAUAUGAGAAUUUUGCAGAGCUAUAUGAAAGUUACUUUCUUUUUUUUUUUCUUAUUAUUUGUGCCACAAUUACCAAAGGUAACUUGUAUGUACAGUUCAAGAAAUCUCUCCUCUGUAUUUUUUGUUUUAUUGUGUUUGUUGAAGCCCCAAUUGUUUCUUUCUUCUUCUUAUAUUUUUCUCCAGUAGAAUGUUGCCUAAGAUUUGUUCAAAUCCUUUGACAUAUUUUGAAUAAAAACA